CUUGGGAGAGCCGCACUUAUUGGUUCUCUGUAUAAUGCUAUGAGAGAUACAUUCUGUGGAACUGCGAUAUUGAAAGCAAAGUUUCCAAAUGGUUCAUUAAGUCAAAUUGACAUACCCAAUAGCGAAUUAUUCUAUGAGUAUGAGGAUUCAUAUGUAGAAAAAUUUAAUAAGUUAGACGUUGAAGCUGAGCUAAAAUUAAGCGUUAUCGCAGGACUAACUACUUUAGAGGGUUCAGGAAAGUAUUUAAGCGAUGUAAAGGAUAGUUUCAGAACUGUGAAAGGCAAUUUAAUAUACAGGAUGAUUACAGUUGAAGAAAGUUUAAAUAUUUAUCGUGAUGAUGUUAAAGCAUGUAUUUCUACUGACGGAUUCAGUAACACAGAUGCCACUCACGUCGUGAUAGGAAUAAAAUGGGGGGCUAUUGUAAUAGCAUCAUUUGAAUGUAAAAACAUGAAUGAAGAUGACAAGUACCAAAUUGAAGCAGCGCUUAAGUCUUAUUUUGAAAAAUUAUCACUUUCUACCUCUGAAAAUGAUAACGUAAAUGCUGAAAAGGAUCAACCUAACCUUAUGAAUUAUUUUUCUAUAACGUUUCUUGGUGAUGCUGUUCCAUAUAAUAAGAAAUUUCCUCAAUCUUUUGAUGAAGCAAAGAAAGUCAUGACAGAGCUUCCUUCAUAUGUUAUAAAAUUUAAUAAUGGGAAAGGGUUUCCAGUUGAAUAUAUUCUUUAUCCUAUAUCAGGACUUGCGAAACCUGUACUUAGUACUCAGAAUACCAUAGUUAAUAGUAUGAUAAGGGAAUUGAACAAAGUAAUUGUCUUAAAGAUAGAGCAGUUUUUUGAUGGUUUAUUGAAACCAAAACAAAGACUCAAUGAUUUAUUUAAUGAUGCAAAAUCUAUCUCUAAUCUCAUACCUGAUAAUAUUUUUGAUGAGAUUAAUAAUUAUGUACAAGAAUUCAGAUUGGAGGAGGCGAAAUUUAGAAAGGAAUUCGCGGAAAGUCUUGUUAAAAUACGUUCUGGAAAAAGUAAUAUUGAUGAGCUUGAGAGCAUAAUGAAGAAGUUUCAGAAAGGAAUCUUAUCUAAAAGUUCUAUUAUGGAUUUCAUUGAUCGAUAUCGAUCAGUAUCUACAAAAGCUGACUUGGUACUUGCUCUUAAAACAAAAAAAGUAGAGCAUCUUGACAAGAAUUCGACUAUUGAGCAUAUUCUGCGUAGGAAUUCAAUAAAUCAUAUCUACAAACUUAUUGAUCAAGAUAUUGUUGACAUUAAUUCGUCACCAGUGCAUAGUCCUGGUUAUCCAGUAAUUCAUCAUUAUGUCAAUGGAAGAUUAGAAAGUAAUGACUAUUACAAUGCCAAUAAAAUGUUAUUUACAUCAAAUCUUAUUAAAUUCGAUCCUCAACCACAUUUCAAACCAAAAAAUAAUCCUAUUGAGAAGGCGCGGUUACUAGUACCUUGUCCCCGAGUUAAUUGUUCUACAUUUUGUAAUUGGAGAUGUUUCAAAUGUCAGCAUGACGUUGAAUAUGGAUAUAACUGGCAUUUAUACUGUGGAUGUGGUGAAAGUAGUAUCAGCAAUUGCAAAUUCAAAUGCAAUGAUCCUGAUCAUAAUGAAGGAUUUGUAUCUUUUAAAUUCAACACACUUACCACACUGCUACCGUCGGAGCCUCCAGAAGAAAUAAAUAUAUUAUUACUUGGUGAGACUGGCGUAGGAAAAUCCACGUUCAUAAAUGCUUUUGUAAACUAUCUAAGAUUCGAUACAUUAAAUGAAGCAAAAUCUGGGAACAUGGAAGUACUAAUAUCAUCUAAGUUUACAUUAACAGAUGAAAAUUAUGAUACUCAAACAAUAAAAAUAGGCAAUGAUGAUCCAAAUGAGCAAGUACAAAAUGUAGGAAUGUCAUCAACUCAAGAAUGUAAAAGCUACGUCUUCCAAGCAGCUGAAAAUAAAAUUGUAAGAUUGAUUGAUACUCCGGGUAUAGGUGAUACUAGAGCGUUGGAUCAAGAUAAAAAAAAUUUUGAAAAUAUCCUUAAAUAUAUUAGUUAUCACCGAUACCUAAAUGGGAUAUGUAUACUUCUCAAGCCCAACAAUUCACGACUUAAUAUAGUGUUUAGAUUUUGCAUACAGGAAUUGUUAUUACACCUUCACAGAAAUGCAAAGGAUAAUAUUGUCUUCUGUUUUACCAAUACUAGAGGAACUUACUACCGUCCAGGAGAUACAUUACCACCACUUAAAAAACAACUUGGAGAUCUCAAAGAACGAUCUAGUGUUGAAAUAAAGGUCAAUCAUGAUACUGUAUAUUGUUUUGAUAACGAAUCAUUUAGAUUUCUAGCAGCAAUAAAGAAAGAUAUAUCAUUUACGGAUGGAGAUGAACAAAACUUUGCAGAAAGUUGGAAAAAGUCUGUGGAUGAAUCAUUAAGACUUAUUCAGUAUCUUGUGACCCGCCCACCUCAUGCGGUAAAAGAUACUCUGUUGCUAAAUAGCUCUAGAAAUAUACUAGUCCUUCUUUCUAAACCACUUGCAGAGAUAGGACAACUUAUUCAAACAAAUAUUAAGUUUAUUAAGGAACAACAAAAUGAAAUAAAAAAUUCUGUUAAGACUAUAGAAGAGCUUAAAGAAAAUCUGUACAUUCCACAAAUAGAUCUCGAACCGGUAACAUUAGGGUAUCCAAGAACUGUAUGUACCAGCAUUAGUUGUGUCGAAUCAUCGCAAAUUGAACAAACUAAUAUUAGCAAGGUAAAUUAUAUAACACACUGUCACGACCGUUGUUAUUGUUUGAAAAAUGUCAAAUGCAAUGAAGUAAACACCCCAGCACUAAGAGGAUGCGCUGCUAUGAAUCCAGUAGGAACAUGUAAUUAUUGUGAUUGUAAAUGGGAUAAGCAUAUACAUAUUACAUACGAGAAUGUAAAAGUAGUAAAAAAAAUUGUCGACCAAAAUGUAGAGUUGCAGAUUUCAAAAAAGAAAUCAGAUCAAGAAAUCAAAAAAGCAAUUAUAGAGGAUUAUCAAAAAAGGGUAAAUCAACUGCAAACAGAACAACAUACAAUAAAUGAAAUUAGUCUGAAGUUUGCACAAUUUCUAAGACAAAAUGCAAUAGCUGCUUUUAAUGAUGCAUACGCAGAUUACUUGGAUCAUUUCAUAAAUGAAGAAAAAAUUAAAAAGAGUGCCGAUCCUAAUCGCUAUGAUGACGAAAUUCUCAAGGGACUUGAAGCUACAAAAAGAAGUUAUUUGGAACAAAUUGAGGUUAUUAAAAAAGCAAUUGAAAAUAAUGAUCCAUUCAUGCCUACCAUAUCACCAAACGAUCUAUCCAAGCUUGAACAGCAAUUGUACAAUCUACCAAUUAAUGGUCAUACUCUAAAAAAAAUUAAAGAUGAAACAAAGCGUAGUCAGAAUAGUGUGUUCAGAUAUAGA